CUUCUUCCAUGUAAGAAGUCGUGUCGAUAACAUUGCAGGAAACAUUACAACGAUUAUUGUCUGUCUUAAACACUUAUAUGUCGGUGGUAUUCAGCACCAUGAUCAGGAACCAGAAAAGACCUGUUGUACUUACCGCGUUCCCAACUGACCACGUCAACACUGUCCUAGAACGCCAGGAUCCCCUGCUUGACUUCCGGCGUGUUAUACUGAAAGCAUGGUGGUCUUCAGAGUAUCUCCAAGCCACUGACAAAGCCGACUGGAAGGAUGUAGAAAUUUAUUUUGGACCCAUCUGCUUCGUGGCUCAAAACCUUCACCUGCUACCCAAUCUGAAGUGGAUUCAAACGGCGGAGGCAGGAGUUGAUACACUGUUGAAGAUCAAAAGAGAUCUGUCAUCUGACGUAACGGUGUCCCGUAACGCCGUGACCUUCAAACGUUCCAUCUCCCAGUAUGUAAUUGGUCAAAUCAUAUCUGCCAACAUGAACUUCCAACAUUUCCAGAGGAUGCAAAACCAACGCACAUGGGACAGAGUGAUCUCUAGCUCUGGACUGAAACACCUCAGCUCCUGUUCGGUUGGGAUACUGGGGAUUGGAGCUAUCGGCGGCGAAGUUGCCCGUGCAUGCAAAUACUGGGAUAUGACUGUGUGGGGAAUGAAACGAUCUAAAGUCACGGAGGAAGAGAGGAGCGAAUUCGUGGAUGAGUACAGACAACCACGUGGUCUCCCCGAGAUCCUGUCCUCCUGUGAUUUCCUGGUCAACAUCCUGCCCUCCACACCUGAGACUCAGGGGCUCCUGAAUGGAGACGUCCUGUCCUACUGUAGCCAGCAGCCUCUAUUCAUCAACGUUGGGCGCGGCGACGUCAUUGACGACGACAGUCUGAUUGCAGCACUCAGAAAGGGAUGGCUGUCGGGAGCUGUUCUCGACGUCUUCACUGAGGAGCCCUUGCCCCAGAAUAGUCCGCUGUGGGGUGAGGAGGGCGUGGUCAUCACACCCCACGCCUCUAAUCAGAGUGAUAAUAUGGACUCGUAUAAACAGCUGGCGACCAUGUUUUUGGCCAACUAUAAUCGUUACGUGACCGGACAAGCACUGGAGAACAUUGUGGACAUCGACAGAGGAUAUUGACCGUUAGGAUAUGCAAGAUGAAGAACCUGAAUGGCUCAACGCUUCUGUUGUGUUGUUGGAUUGACUUUACUAAACAGUCGACUCUCCUGCUGUAGACUAAGAGUAUUUAGACCUUGAGCAUAUUUUGUAGUCAGGCAUCUGGUUAAACCAUUCAAUGAUUAUUGAUAAACAUGUGAGGUUUAUUGAAUGAAAAAUAAGGAUUUUAAGUAAUUGGUGUUGUUCUGUGCAUUCGUCAAAUUUACUACUUGUAUUUAAGAAAUAAACGAGUUGAUGUUGUACAUCGUACAAUAAAACACUGUAGGGAGAAUAAACGAUGAGGGGCCAUGCAGAAUUUAUAUAACAAGUAACUAUCACUCGUUUAUUUCUUAAGUUCAAGUAGUAACUUUGAUGAACGCACAAUGCAACUUAAAAUCCUUUGUGUUUACUCAAAAAACUUCACAUGUUCAUUUCUUGUAUGAGAUAUAUCAACAUUAUCAAUCUUAUAUCAACAUUAUCAAUCUGAUAUCAACAUUAUCAAUCUUAUAUCAACAUUAUGUACGACCCCUUUAAGGAUGUCAAGAAAUUGUUCAAACUUUAUGAAAAUAGUUACCCGUAUUUUAAUGUUUAAUGAAUCCCUGAAUAGAAUCCGACCUCUACAAUGUUGGACAAUUCCAUUUUAUGAAUAGGUGGCUUAAGUUUGGUAUUUCCCGCAUAUUCUCACAAUCCUCACGUCGAUUAUCCAAUCUCAUUAAAAUCAGAUCUUAGUUCUCAUUACCGCUAAACAAAGAUCUGAGGACAUCCCAUUA